AUGGACAUAAUAUGUGGAAGGAUUGGUUUUGAGACAAAGUCACUGUCUACACUUCCUUCUACUGAGGACAUCAUUACCAUUAAGAUGAUAGAUAAUCAACUUAAUACGAGGAGAAGUUUUUGGAUCAAUGGUCACAUCAAAGUGACAAAUUUGAUUCAACCUUUUUGGUACUUAAGCUGUGAAAAAUGCACAAAAGCAACUGGAUAUGAAGUUGAACAGAGGUUUAAUUGCUUGUAUUGCAGACAUGAUCAAGUUAAAGCUAUGCCAAGGUGCCUAGUCAUUGUUGAUUUGAUAAAUGAGUCUUCAUCAUUGAAUGCUACAUUGUUCGGAAAUCAAGCUGAAAAAUUUCUUGGUUGCACUGCAUAUGAGUUGAUGAAUAAAUCUGAUGGGGAUUCUGUUAAAGAUAUUGAAAAAAUUGCCACAUUAUCCAGUAGUCAUAAGCUUCUAAUUCAAGUUAAAGCAUCUAAACAUGAAUAUCGUGAUAUUACAAGAUGGAAAUACACAAUCCUUUCUGUUUGUGAUACUAUUUCAAAAGAAAUCAACACAUUAACACAAACAGAUACUUCAAAUGAUGCUGAAGUUAGUCAAGUUUUAGAAAUUAUUGAAGAGCAAAGUGGAAAAUCAUUAGGCAUAACUGAAUUGAGAGGUAUGAACAUGUUUGAUACAUUAUAUCCUAAGUGAAAUUACAUGAGCUUUUAUUUAAUGUUCUAAUGCAUAUAUAUUACAACUUUCAAAAUCAGAUAUAUCUGGAAGUGUUGACAAUGCUAAGAUAGAGCAAAUGAGCAAUGAAGAUAAAGUCCUAGCUGAUUUGGUUUCAAAGCCUACUGCAAGAAACAAUGCAACAAAGAAACUAAAGCUGAUGAUUUCCAAAAGUGCAGGUG